UAUAUAUAUGUUUGAGUGAGAAUUGCCUGCUGCUGAGGUACUGGGGAUCGAUAAUUGAAGUUGAGGCUGGAGCUUUGGUUAGUCAUCGCAUGGAUCCUUUUUUCCUGUUGUGACAGCGUGUAUCAGCGUCAGGGCAUGGCCUGUAUUCCAGUGUUACGCAAUGUUGAAGCCUAUGGUUGUCAAGUCGUAGCUACUAUCUUACCAGGAAUACGCAAUUAAUUCGCAAAUCCUCAUCACUAGAUGUUAGCUGCAAAUGAUCUUGUUCAAGGUAGUAAAUGAUGGCUAAAAUUCUGCCCAUGCGUUUCAUCUGUAAACAUAGCUCUGGCUCAGCAGCACCUUGCUUACUACUACGUCAUUUACUUGUAGGUGAAUCAAGUGCCAUGGCUUCAGUUCAGUGAAACUUCGCGUGAAAUCAGUAAACUGCCAUCAGCUGGCUUUGCUUGUUCAGACCUGCAACCGUAAAAAUACCGGCCCUGAAUUCCCGGCCGAAAGAUUUGAGGGAGCUGCACAGCUGCAAAAGCAACUGAAAAGAGCAUCCGUUCCCUCCCAUCUCCGCGCCCCUGUCCAGCCAGCCCAGCUCAUGAUUGGCCCGUCCCGUCUCCCCGCCAGAGAUCGACGGUUCCCGGCGCUCCCGCGCCGCGAUCCCCUCACACGGUCGGCGUGAGACGCCUCACACGAAACAGCUCCCCGAACCGAACCCUCGCGCGGCGCAGGCGGCGGCCCGGGCAGAUAGCCGGCGCUUUGCUCGCGCCCCGGCACAUAAAUCCUCCUGCCCUGGCCUCCAUUCAGGCGUAGUCCGAGCCACCUGGUGCGGCGUGCUCGUACUCGUAGCCGUAGCGGCCUACCUGCUACGCGAUCUCGAGCGGAGGUCGCCUACCUCCUGCUGCAAUGAUGGUGCGUACGCCGCCGCACAAUGUCGCCGUCGACGAGGUCGAUGAGCGAGCCUGAGAGGUUUCUGCGGCGGCUCCAAUGACGUGAUGCCUUUUUUUUCACUGUAUGCUGGUUGGAAUUUGGAGCAGGCGCUGACGGAGCGGCAGCCGCAGCUGGAGAAGACGAAGGCGCUGCGGGCGAGGGCGCCGCUGUCGAGGAAGGCCGUCGCGGCGCUGUGCGUCGUGAGCUUCAUCGCGGGGCUGCUGCUCAGCGGCAGUGUGGCGCGGAUGCCGGCGUCGGCGGCGGACGCGGGCGGGGACGGCGGCGGCGGCGGCAAGGAGGGCGUUCGUGUGUCUGGCUGUGGCGGCAACAACAAGCGUAAACUAGGGGAGAGCCAUCCCAAGGAUCUCCUGAACGAGGUGUCGAGGACUCAUCAGGCAAUCCAGUCGCUGGACAUGGCGGUGUCCACCCUGGAGAUGGAGCUCGCCGUGGAGAGCGCGAGGAGCGGCGGCGGCGGCGGCGGCACGGCCGUGGCAUCCAAGCCGCCCCAGAAGGCCUUCGUCGUGAUCGGCAUCAACACGGCCUUCACCAGCAGGAAGCGGCGCGACUCGCUCCGCGACACCUGGGUCCCCAGAGGGGAGAAGCUGAGGAAGCUGGAGACGGAGAAGGGGAUCGUGAUCCGGUUCGUGAUCGGGCACAGCGGCGCGCGGGGCGGCGGGGCGCUGGACCGCGCGCUGGACGCGGAGGAGGCGGAGACCCGGGACUUCCUGCGGCUGGACCACGCCGAGGGCUACCACGAGCUGUCCUCCAAGACCAGGAUCUACUUCACCACCGCCGUCGCCACCUGGGACGCCGACUUCUACGUCAAGGUCGACGACGACGUCCACCUCAACCUCGGGAUGCUGUCGAGCAGGCUGGCGAAGCACAGGACGCGGCCGAGGGUGUACGUCGGCUGCAUGAAGUCCGGCCCUGUUCUUUCUCAAAAGGGAGUGAAGUACCACGAGCCAGAGUACUGGAAGUUCGGGGACGAGGGCAACAAGUACUUCCGCCACGCCACCGGCCAGAUCUACGCCAUCUCCAAGGACCUCGCCGCCUACAUCUCCAUCAACCAGCCGAUCCUGCACAGGUUCGCCAACGAGGACGUCUCGCUCGGCGCGUGGCUGAUCGGGCUCGAGGUCGAGCACGUCGACGACCGGAGCAUGUGCUGCGCCACGCCGCCAGAUUGCGAGUGGAAGAAGCGAGCCGGGAACGUGUGCGUGGCGUCCUUCGACUGGUCCUGCAGCGGCGUCUGCAAGUCGGUGGACAGGAUGCGGCACAUCCACAAGGCCUGCGGCGAGGGCGAAGGGGCCGUCUGGAACGUCGCCAUGUGAUCUGGCCGGCCAUCUCGUCGAAACCGUUGUUUGUGUGUGUGUGUGGAUCUUCACCUGCUUUGCUUGGCGUCCAACAAUUUGUGGAAAUGAGAAGGCGAGGGGGAGAGCUUGGGAAAGCCGCUAUUUAGCAUGCAUGAAACAUUCUGUAUGGCAGGUAUGGCCGUUUUGGUUUUGAGACGCCAUGAUGUGAUUCACGUUAGAUUAAUGCAUGGAUUGGUGUGUGAAUGCCAUUGCUGAAAA